GAGCAAACGGCUAGAACUCCUUCUUGAUCUAUGAAUUUUCUUGAGUGGUCUCUCGGAAACCCUCAGUGCUCGCACCGCGGAAAGGGGCGAUAUAAUUUUUCGAAGCCUCGCUUGGGAGGGGGGCGUGGUUGAAAAUGUACACAAAAGUUAGACGUCUGAGCUUAGGAUAGUUUCUAUUUCAUAUUAUUUCAUACGUGUAUUGUGUCAAUUCUAGAUACAAUAUAUACGUGCUGCACACUUAUUGUCUCUAUUCUAGAUAUACGUAUUGCCAAGGAAGAAGAAGAAGGACGUUUUAUCAAGUAUUGCACACCUUUCAGCAUGGCGUCCGGCAAGUGCGUGGCCCUGGUGACGGGCGGGGGGAGUGGCAUCGGGCGGGCCACGGCCGUCAGGUUCGCCGAGCUCGGCUACCACUGCGCCGUCGCCGACAUUGACGAGGCCAGUGCACGGGAGACGGUCGGCAUGCUGAAAACUCCAGGUCUAGCUGUGCAGGUAGAUGUCAGCAACACUGCCAGUGUCCAGGCGAUGGUUGAUACCACAGUCAAACAGUUUGGCCGUAUCGACUGCGCUUUCAACAACGCCGGCAUCGAGGGCGCUCGUGAGAAAAUCGUGGACUACCCAGAAGACAUGUUUGACAGGGUCAUGAACGUGAACUUGAAGGGGAUGUGGCUGUGCGUGAAGUACGAGGUCGCCCAGAUGCUCAAACAGGAGCGAGUCAUCAGCGACCCGGCAAAAUGGGCGGGCAAACCCGACCUGUGUCGUUUCCAAGGGCAACGCGGGAGCAUCGUCAACUCCAGUAGCAUCGCAGGACUCGACUCGAUGCCCGAGUUCACGCCGUACUGCGCGUCAAAGUGGGGGAUCAUCGGACUGACCAAGACAGUGGCACAGGAGUACGCUAAGGAUGGGAUCCGCGUGAACGCUGUGUGCCCUGGUACGACAGACACGCCCAUGCGGGGCCGGUUCGAGGCCCAGUGGCCAGACUGGCAGGCGAAGACGGAUGCUAGUUACCCCGUGGGCAGGGUCGCUGCACCAGAGGAGGUGGCCGAGGCUGUUGUCUGGCUGUGCAGUGAUGCCUGUCCAUUCACUACAGGGGAGUACCUGAACAUUGCUGGGGGCAGAUAGGAAUGAUGCUGCAAAAAGAUAGAAAAAAGAAUGCCCCCUCCCAAAAAUGGCAUGCUGUCCAUAAACUGGGCAGGGUAAAAGGAACAAGACACAAAAUGCACUGAGGGAGAUAGCCUCCCUUCUCUUACCAUUCAAAGUGAUAACAACAGAAUGAUUGACAAGCUUCUUGGGCCCACCUGCAGCCUGAAAUCUCUAGGCAAAUAUUCAUAUUAUAUGUAAAAUGUAGACUAAGUGGAGAUAAGAAUGUGCAGUGCAGAUAUUGUAGUGGUAUAGCCAUUAUGAUACUAAAUAGCAGAAUGGUCCCCAAACAGUGGAAAACAUAGCAAAUGAGGACAUGGCAAAUGAGGACUCGUUAAGCUUUGUUUUUACAAAGAUUGAACUUAAGCCUAGAUAGGGUAUUAGAUAAUAAUAAGCAACCUACAAUUUGCAUGCAGACUGAAAUUAGAAUGGCAGGAAUAUACAGAAAGCGGCAAAUAUAUGGUUUAUAUUUUUUUUGGAAAUAUGUUGCUUGUAGUAUUAUAUGAUGCUGGAGUUGUAGAGAUGUCACAUAUUAUUUGUUGUGACCCAUUUACAGCAUGUCUUUGUUGUGUAGCUGACAGCUGAGGUGUAUGCAUAUUUGCCAACAUUUGAUCCAGAAACAUGCAUUUUUAAAGAUGAAGUAGAAUUGCUUCUGUAUGCAUUUUGGGCUAGAACCAUGGAAGUAGGACAUAUCAGAAUCUCAGAAUGUGCCACACUGUUUUAAUGCCUUUGCACUCCCAAGUCCCAACCAAUGUAAUUACAGGAAUAUGUUGGUUUCAUGAGAAACCAUUUUAAGUUCAUAUAUAACAUGACCUAAGAAGCAAAGGAUUUCUAAAUCAAUAGAUAAACUAGCACUCCAUCUAUAUACAAUGUAAUAUAGAAACACUCAUAUAAUAUUUCAUACAGACAAUGUGUAAUUUCAGAAAUCUAGAUAUUACAGUAUAGUGAAAGGUCUGUGGUUACAAAAUACAGGUGUGAUUGAAUUGCAUACCCAAAUUUUAAAAUCUCAAGUGAACAAUUUUUGGGGCUGUUCAUUUUCUAUCAACAUAUCUGCUGUGCUCUGUCUCAACUUUCUCAUCGGCUCUGUCUUCAUCAGAAGUCUCUUCU